CAGAAAAGCAAAGCUUUUUUUGUCAGGACAGAAAAAAGAAGAGUAAACUGUGAGUUUGGAGAGGGUUGUCAGCUGAUGAAGGAGUGAACAAGUUCAGCCCCCUCGUUGCCGUAGGAAAGAAUAACAGCGGCGAACACAGUUUAGAGGGAAUGAACAAGAUGUGGAUAACAAUCCUUCUGCUACUUGCGCCUCACCUGCCUCCUGCCGCCAACACCUCUGUAGACAAAGGGGACAGCACCACUUUAACCCAAUCCAAAAUACUUAAUCAGGAGUUUGCUGAGGCCACUGGGAGAGACCAAAAACAUUUUGAAGGAGGCAACGGUCGGGAGACAUGUUCCAUCCCAUGUGACAUAACUGCCAAACUGCUAAGAGAUGAGAAACAUUCAUUUUGUGGCCACUUACAGCAGUCUCUUAUGACAUUUGGUCGGAGCACGAGAAAACUAGUCAGAGAUGUCAUGGAGGAGCAGCAGAGAGCCUUGGACUUCCUGACUAGUCAGGUCACAGAGCUGAUGACCAAGGUUCAGGCCCUCAGCUCAGAGGUUCAGAGGAACAACAUUGAGAUGUACUCUGUGAAACCUGUGCAGUCCCAUGGGCGAGACUGCAGUGACAUCAAAGACAACCUGAUUUCUGUGGUCCCCAAGAUCCCCAGUGGUAUUUACAUUGUGCACCCAGAAAACACCGACUCCUCCUUUGAGGUAUUCUGUGAGAUGGACUACAUGGGAGGUGGCUGGACAGUGAUGCAGAAGAGGAUGGAUGGGUUAACCAACUUCAGACGCCCCUGGGCAGACUAUGUAGAUGGCUUUGGACACCUUCCAGGAGAACACUGGUUGGGCUUAAGAAAGGUGUUCCACAUAGUUAACCAGAAAGAGACUCGAUUCCAACUUCACAUUGCCCUUGUCUCGCAUGACGAGACAACCUCUUAUGCAUCGUAUGAUGACUUUCGUCUAGACAAUGAAACACUGUUCUACAGUAUACACCUGGGAAGAUAUGCAGGCAGCGCAGGAGAUGCGUUCCGUGGUUAUGAACAGGAGCAGAACCAGGACACGGCCCCGUUCAGUGCAUCAGAUGUGGACAACGAUGGCUGCAUUCCUUUCUGCUCUAUCAAUAACCAGACGGUCGAGAGCUGCAGUAUGCUGCACAACCAGACAGGGUGGUGGUUCAACCAGUGCGGCCUGGCCAACCUCAACGGCUCUCCGGAAGACCCGGAGCAGAACAAAGGGGAAAGUACUCACAUACUCUGGAACACGUGGACACAAAAUGGGUUGCCACACAGCAUCAAAUCUGUCACAAUGAAGAUUAGGAGAAUCACCACCAAUAAUUAAUGGACAGAAAGGAGUAGGGAAGAAAAGAAAAGGCAGAUAAGAUUAGAAGGCAAGUUAAAUUGUACACAUUGCACUGCAUAUUGUGUACAGUCAAAUGGUCUAAUAAAAUAAACGGACACCUUC